AUGAGUAUGCAGCCCAACUAUGCCCGUGGCUUCCCGCAAGCCGCCCAACGGUCUCCUGCCACGCCUCGUCGCGGGCCUCCAGCACCAGGUCCUGCUAUACCUGUACCGAUGCCACAGCACGCAGUUCCGUCUCAGUACAUCCCUCCUCAGCGCAACAUGCCGCAUCCUAACGACGCCGUUCAGCGUCGCAGUCGUAAGCCCACCGACAAGAAUAUCCCGGAUGGCAUCGAGGAGGUGGUCAUCGGGGAAGGAGUACAACAAUACAAAAGUCUUCGUGACUUAGAGAAGCGAUUGGAUGCCUCCAUUGUGCGUAAGAGGCUGGAUAUUCAGGAUUCGAUCAGCAAGACCGUCAAAAAAUAUCGGACAAUGCGCAUUUGGAUUUCCAACACUGUGGAGAAUCAGCCAUGGCAGACCGGUGCAGGCCAGAACGGAGCAACCCCGGGUAGCAACCCUGGCUCCGGACGCUAUAAAGUGAGAAUCGAAGGACGGCUUCUGGAUGAUGACAACGACCCUACAGCGCCCGAUGACAGCGAAGAUGAAGGCGAGAACGCCGUGGAGAAAGGAGAUGCUAUGGAGCACGAUGGACAAGCUGCCGAGAAGCCGAAGAAACCUGCUGCUAAACGACCAAAACAGCGGUUUUCGCAGUUCUUCAAGUCGAUCACUAUUGAUUUUGACAAGUCUCCAUCUUCGAAUCCGGAGGAGACCAAGACUAUUAGCUGGACGAAGCCGCAGCUACCGGCAAAUGCUGUCACUCUUCCUCCAACUGCGGAUUUCGAUUCCCUGCAAUUCUCUCGUGCGUCUCAGGAUAAUCUAAACGUCACCAUCAGUUUAGUCCGAGACGAGGCCCCUGAGCGAUACAAGUUAAGCAAGGAGCUGGCCGAGGUGCUUGAUGUUGAAGAAGAGACUCGAAGCGGUAUCGUCCUAGGUAUUUGGGACUACAUCCGAGCAAUGGGACUUCAAGAGGAUGAGGAAAAACGACUAGUACGAUGUGAUCAUCGCUUACGAGCGAUCUUCGGACGAGACCAGAUGUUUUUCCCUCAGAUUCCUGAAAGCAUCGGGCCGCACACCAGUCCACUAGAUCCGAUCAAGCUUCCUUACACGAUUCGCGUCGACGAGGAUUUCCACAAGGACCCUACGCCAACGGUCUAUGACAUCCAGGUCGCAGUGGAGGACCCUCUACGCGCCAAAAUGCUUGCCUUGACCCAGAACCCGCAAUAUACAGCGGGAUUGCGCCAAAUUGCUGCUCUAGAUGAUCAGCUGGCCCUUAUUGUCCAAGCUCUAACGCAUUCGAGAGCCAAGCACUCCUUCUACACCGCUCUAAGUAAAGACCCUGCCACCUUCUUGCGGCGCUGGGUCAAUUCUCAGCGCAGAGAUUUGGAAACCAUCCUUGGCGAGGCAACCCGCGGCGGCGGCGAGGAUGGCAGUGGGCCGGAAUUCAGGAGAGGAGGAGCCGAGAGUGUUUGGGAUACGCAGGUGGCCUGGGAGGCUGUGCGUUACAUGCUUGCCAAACCGGAGGCAGCAGCAGCACGAUAG